UCCUCCUUUUUUCUUCUAACAAAUGAAACCAAAUUUGGUAAGAAUGUAACCAAGUAGAUAUCCCUUUUAAAUCCUAUGUAUAUAAAUAGUAUAAAACAUCAAAUAAAAAAAAUUACCCUUUAAAGAAAUCACUGAAAUAUGAACAACUAUUCAUUAGAGUUGCAGUUCCUGCACCUGAAGCCUGCUAAACUUGGCCGAACCUCGUUGAUUCGAAAAUCGAGAAGCAACCCGAGAAGCGCCCUUGUUCUAUCCGAUAAAGGCGUUGAUCCUCUCGUUGAAUUAAAAAUCAAACAAGUUAUUGAGAGGCAGUUUAAGGGUUUCAUAUCAUUAUCCAAGAAAGAAACACAGUUUGAUCCUGCUCUUCUUAAAGAGGCUUAUGAAACUUGUAAACAAAUCUGUUCUGAACGUUCUACCACCUACUAUCUAGGAAGUUUGCUGAUGACUGAAGAAAGAAAGAAAGCAGUUUGGGCAGUCUAUGCUUGGGGGCAAAGGACAGAUGAGUUAGUAGAUGAGAAACUCGCAAGCGAGGCUGAGUUAGAUAGCUGGGAAAAGAAGCUUGAAGACAUCUUCAAUGGUUGUCCUCAAGAUAUAGCAGACACUGCUUUAGCUGACAGUGUUCAGAGAUUUCCCCUUGACAUUGAGCCUUUCAAAGAUUUGCUCAAAGGGAUGAGAAUGGACACAUGGAAAACUCGUUACGAGAACUACGAAGAGCUUAUACUGUACUGCUACUAUGUAGCUGUAACAGGUUGCUUAAUGGCUCUCCCUAUAGCAGGAAUUUCACCAGAAUCUGACACUUCUACUGAAAGCAUUUACAAUGCAGUCGUUUGCUUAGGAAUCGGAAACCAGCUAACUAACAUCCUCAGAGAUGUAGCAGAAGAUGCUUCUAGGGGGAGAGUGUACCUUCCACAAGACGAGCUAAGAGAGUUUGGGUUGACAGACGAUGAUAUAUUGUCCGGGAAUGUCACAGAGAAAUGGCGGGAAUUCACGAAGAUGCAGAUAAAGAGAGCAAGAUACUAUUACGAUCAAGGAGAGUAUAUUGCUUCUCAGCUAGACAUCGCCAGUAGGUGGCCGGUGUGGGCAUCAAUGCUGUUGUACCGGAAGAUAUUGGAUAAAAUAGAGGCAAACAAUUACGACAACUUAACCACACGAGCUAAAGUCGGGAACACGGAGAAGCUGCUAACGCUGCCACUAGCUUACGGCAAAGCCAUGGGUUGGUGUCCAGAAAAGGUCGUCCCUCGUUGAUUAAUCUCACUAAUCCACCAACACAAAGUUCCAUUUACAUAUGUACUGUCAACUCUUGUGAAACAUCAGAUGUAUCAAAAUCAAGGAAUCAGAGACGUACUAAAAUUUCCACCCAUGAAAAUAACAUUGAUUUUCAGCUUUUGACACAGAUAA